UUUCCGUGUACGCGCGAGCACCACGGCGACGCGCAUCUCGAGGCUGCUCAGUGUUAGACAUGGCGGCGGUUCUAAACCCCGACUGGCUGUCUUGCCUGCCUUCUUCGUGGAGUUACGGGGUGACCCGGGACGGACGCGUCUUCUUUAUCAACGAAGAAGCGAAGAGCACGACCUGGCUGCACCCCGUCACGGGAGAGGCGCUCAUUACCGGACAUAGGAAGACUCCCGAUUUACCAACCGGGUGGGAAGAAGGAUAUACGUUCGAAGGAGCACGCUGCUUCAUCAAUCACAAUGAACGGAAGGUGACAUGUAAGCAUCCUGUCUCUGGUACACCCUCACAAGACAACUGCAUCUUUGUCGUGAACGAACACCUGAACUGUGGGACACUUGUCCGUGCUGUUUCCAGCAGACCAACGUCCAAAGCACCGGCCGAUGAGAAGAAGGAACGGCCUACGAGCACGAUGAGUGAGGCGUCCAACUACACGGGAGGCUCCGACUAUACGGGCCAGCCCUGCAGCCCAACAGCCAGACCCUCAAGGUCUUCAAAAAAAGUCCACAAUUUUGGCAAGAGGUCCAACUCCAUAAAGCGAAACCCAAACGCUCCAGUGGUUAAGAGCAACUGGCUUUACAAACAGGACAGUACAGGGAUGAAGAUGUGGAAGAAGAGGUGGUUUGUGCUAUCUGACAUGUGCCUCUUCUACUACAGAGAUGAGAAGGAGGAAGGUAUCCUGGGAAGCAUCCUGUUACCGAGCUUCCAUAUCUCCAUGUUGUCUGUGGAUGACCACAUAAGCAAGAAAUAUGCCUUCAAGGCCGCUCACCCAAACAUGCGGACGUACUACUUUUGCACUGACACAGCCAAAGAAAUGGAGUCCUGGAUGAAGGUGAUGACAGACGCAGCACUGGUGCACACGGAGCCAAUCAGAAGACUGGAGAAGGUGAAGGCAGACCUACGCAGCCCGCAGGAGAUGAACAACAUGUUGAAUCACCGGGUACUGACCCGACCCGAGAUCCAGAACAAUGAGAGGAACCGGGAGAGCCUUCGCCAGGAGGACAGGAAACAGAAGCAGGUGGAGAAACAGUCCAGCACUCACAGAAAAAUGCUGCAGAAAGACUCUGAAAAGCACCUUCUCCAAAAAGAUGGUGAAAAGUGUGUUCUUCAGAAAGAUGGAGAUAGACACAUGCUGCAGAAAGAUGCAGAGAAGUAUGUUUUACAGAAGGACGGGGAAAGGUUUGGACUGCAGAAAGAUGGAGAGAAAUAUCUUUUGCAGAAGGACAGACAGAGAUACACUAUAAACAAAGAUGGGGAGAAGUGCACACUUCAGAAGGACAGCGAGAAAUAUGUUUUGCAGAAAGACAGUGAGCAGUACCUUCACAGAGAGGGAUCACAAACCAUGCCAAAGGAGCGGCCCAAGGCAGCCCUGCCGAGGAAAGCAGAGAAGCCUGGUCUGCAGAGAGAAGGAGACCGCUACGGCUUCCAGAAGGAAGGCACCGUGGAGCAACCCCUCACCAAAAUCAACAGCAUCAAACUGCAGCCUGCUCAGGCAGCUGCCAUCGCCACGGCGAUCUCCACUGCACGCCAGCUCCCGAAGGAAGGCCAGCAACAGGUGGCACAGGUGAAUGGCUCUGGAGAGAGAAGCCCAGUGGAUGUGACCAGCACCCUGUCACAUAGGCCCUCACUCCAGCCACAGCACAUGGAGCCAGACAAGAGCCUGGGCAGAACAAACUCCGUGCAGCGGCUGGAGCAGUGGGCCAGGAUACAGCACUCCCGGGGCCAAGACGAUGACACGAAGAGCAUCACAUCGUAUCAGACACUGCCCAGGAACAUGCCCAGCCACCGAACGCCCGUGGUGCCGCGCUACCCCGAGGGCUACCGCACGCUGCCCCGGAACAUGCUGCGGCCCGGCAGCGUCUGCAGCGUGGCAGGCUCCGCCUACGACCGCGCGCUGCCGUCUGCUGCCACGGCAGCCGAGAAGCGGCGCUCCCUGCGGGACGACACCAUGUGGCAACUGUACGAGUGGCAGCAGAGACAGACUCAGAGCCGCCUGGGCUACGGGACGCUGCCCAGCCCCAAGACUAUGGGCCGCAUCGCCGAGUCCAUCCCCGCCUCGCCCUCUCAUGGCUCGCUGGGCAUGUACCACACCAUCUCUCCCAACCGGCCCUUACAAACCUCGUACAACCCUGCCACCUCCCAGGUGUCCUCACCUGUGUUCCGCGGGGACGUGAGUCUUGAGCGCCGCCGCAGAGCUCAUCUGCCCAAGGUGUGCACACAGGCUGUUGUACCUGGAACAGAGCAACUGUACUUGGGUCAGUACGCGUAUCCACCUGAUCGUAGGGUCUCCGUCGCACAGAGUGUCACUCCGCAGUCCCUGCAGGGUAAAACGCCAGAGGAGCUGACCUUGCUGCUCAUCAAACUGCGCCGGCAGCAGGCCGAGCUGCACAGUCUCCGCGAGCACACACUCGCUCAGCUAAUGCAGCUGAAUGCCGAAGCCGCCAACCCCAAGAGUGAGAUCCUCACUCAUCACCUGCAGAGGAAUCUCAUGUAUUUGGACAGCCAGAUCAAGGAGAAUGAGCCCAUAAUCUUCAUGAGUCACACUAUGAUUGAGAACUCGGCACCAAGGCCUCAACUAUACCAGCAAAUGAACCCUGAUGGAGUCAGAGAGAGCAUGUAUGGCUGCCGGCCUGCAGAACUGGAUGUUGAUGCCAAGCUAAGCAGGUUGUGUGAGCAGGGCAAAGUAGUGCAGACACAAGAGGACAAACUACAGCAGCUCCACAGAGAGAAGCACACACUGGAGACGGCAUUGCUGUCAGCGAGCCAGGAGAUAGAGAUGAGUGCUGAGAACCCAGGAGCUGUGCAGAGUGUUGUACAGCAGAGAGACGUCCUGCAGAGUGGCCUCCUGAGCACCUGCAGAGAACUGUCCCGUGUCAAUGCUGAGCUGGAUCGGAGCUGGAGAGAGUAUGAUAAACUGGAGAUCGAUGUCACUUUGGCUAAAAGGGACCUGCUGGAACAGCUGGAGGCUCUGGGCAGCCCACAGACAGAACCUCCUAGUCAUCAGCAUGUGCAGAUUCAGAAGGAGUUGUGGAGAAUUCAGGAUGUGAUGGAGGCACUGAACAAGAACAAGCCAAAGAGAAGCAGUGAGCCCGGUUUUCCUGGGGCAAGUCCAUUAUCCAGCCUUCAGAAGAGUGAGGAGUCAGGCUGUGUGCCCCCACGCCCUCCGCUCCCACAGGUCUAUGAGGGUGGAGAUCGCCCAAGUGUGCCUCCCCCCCCUUGCCCCAGCUCCACCCAGCCCCACGGGCCCCACCCUGCCCCCCACCGGCCUGACGAACGCAAGACCGCCCAACGCAAUGGCAGCCAUAGCGGUCCAGACUACAGGCUGUAUAAGAGUGAGCCAGAGCUGACCACCGUAGCUGAGGUGGAUGAGAGCAACGGAGAAGAGAAAUCUGAACAUACUGCAGAGAAAGAGCCCUGCAGUAUUAAAGGUGUGUCCUUUCCCGUGGGAGUGGUGAGCCCUAGGAAGAAGUCUCCUUUGCCAGAAUCCUCCACUAUUGCAUCUUACGUGACUUUGAGGAAGAGCAAGAAGCCUGAUACAAGAACAGAUCGUCCCCACAGUGCAGUUGAGCACAUGAGCGGUGUGGAGGGAGUGCGGCAGCGCAUGAGUGUUGAGGAGCAGAUGGAACGGAUUCGGAGGCACCAGCAGGGGGCAGUACGUGAGCGCGACAGAAAGAAGGAGGAGUGCCUGCUUUCUCACAGUCAUUCCUUCAGUAAAGAAAACCCCUCCUACUACACCCUGCAGAUCUACUCAAAGAGCUCGGUGCUGUCUCCAGAGGAACAGGUGGGCAGGAGAAGGGAGAUGUCAGUGGGAGAGGCUGAACUAAUGAGAGUGACGAGCACUUCUAAAGAGCCCCCACACACACAGGAGGCACAGACCGAGGUGGUACCAGAUUCAGAACUUAAGGACACGUGUUCCACAGCCAACAGAGAUGCAGAGCCACAUCAGCAGAGGGCGCCAGCAGAACUCCACCUGGCCAACAGCCUGCAGACAGCAGUGAUGGUGCGGGUAAACUCAGAGGAGGAGCAGAAACAAGAUGACAUCAUCAAGGCCUCAUGUGAUGUCACUGCCUCCAAACAUGGCAAUCUAGUUUCAGUGAACAGUGUCUCUGGUGCGACCCAGAGUCCGACCCAGAGCUCCUCCCAUUCUCCCUCUCCUCAGCACCUCCCCGAUGGCUCCCACUUCAUGUGUGUGUAGUGGGGAUCAGCCCAGUAAGAACUCGCCGCCAAACCCUGACCCUGUGCCCCCCACUCACACCAACACCACAGUGUAAAUACACACCCAGGCCUAUGACAGUGGAGUGUUCACCAUCAUCUAAGACUUAAGCAAUUUCAAUUAUUUAAUGAAUUAUUUAAUUAUUGUGAAUCAAAUUUUGUCUUGUUUAUUUGUUUGGUUGUUUAAAUUUAAAUGUAUUAUAAUUUUAGAGUGCUAUAAAUCCAUAAGGAAAUUUGUUAGUACCCAUAACUGAUAUAUAGUAGAUACUGAUAUAUAGUAUUUGAGUCUAGCACAGAUGUUGUGCCCAACUAAUUAAUGAAUUUUGUAGUGUCUUUGUUAAACGUCCACUGGGGCGGUUGACAGUUUAAACCAGAACAGGUCAUUGUUUGUUCCACACGUUUGAAGUUACCAUUUAAUGCACUGCCUGGUUAAUUAAUCCAACUGCUGUGUCAUUUACAAAUCAGCUGACUGCUUGGGAAGUUGAUCUUAUCCUUAAUGUCGACAUGAGAUUGAGCCAAAGUUUCAGACAACAGUAAUUUAUACGUCUCCUAUUUCUACGAGAAACUAGCAUAUUUAAAGCUUUUAUGUUGUUAUAUACUCUGACAUGUUAUACACUAUUGUACAAGCCAGUGUAUCCUAAAAUGUUAUGGUACCUGAUUCAGUUUUUAAAACAAAACAUCUAUAAAACAGAGAGUUCUAUUAAAGUUUUGGUUGUUAUUUUUC